GUUGUCAAACAUUGAACCCGUACGGGCUUUCGGUGUGUGUGAGGCAUCUGUCGUCAGUUUUUAGACCCGCAUCUCCGCUCUGCAUCCCCCGGCAUUACGUCCUCUCCACACAACCUGGGCUCGAACUGAUAAAAAUAUAAUAAAAAACCUCACCUCGAGGUUUCAAGAACUACACCUCAUUCUCCCACCGGGAGGAGGCCUAUAUUUGUUUAGGGGGUUGUAGUUUUUAUUUUUUGCCACAAGAUGGAUGGAGAAUUGGGAAUUUUCGAGGCGUUGUUUGUAGCGUCGAUAACGGUGAAUGUUUGUGCAUGGAUGCAGUUCGGUGUGUACGCCGUGAUGGACAGGCUAGUCGCCCAGGAGACGCAGACUAGACUAACGCGGUUUCGUCUUGCUCACAAACACAAUGCAGCUUUCAUGAGGAAUUUUUACGUCGAUGCAGUUAUUUUCACGUGUCUUCCUGUUGCAACCUUUGUUCUGGCGUUCACCACGAGGGCUUUGGAUUCGCCGUUUGCCGCCAACUACCCCGCAGAACUCCGGGUGCUCUUCAGUGUCCUGUCCGGCGUCUUAAUUUUCUUGCUCUUUCGGUGUUGUCUGGUCGCCAAGAACGACCCCAUCAAGUACAUGAACAUCAUCAUCUACAUCGUGUCCUUGGCUACCGCCGUCACGGUGCUUCUUACCGGGGAAGAUGUCACCAUCGGCCUGGUCCUAGCCAUCUCCAUGGGUGAUAUAUUCCUCUUAAACGUUGGCAAGUUCGUCCAGGUGACGCGGAUACAGAGUGUCCGGUGCCAGCGAAUCGUGAUGUUACUGUCGGUCUACGCGUGUAUUGUCUUCCGUGCAUUCCUGCCUCUAGCCUGUGUUUCCAUCUCGCUGAUCAACGGGAAACCGUUCGACAUGAGCUACCAGUCUAUCUUCAUAUUCUUUGUUGGGAUCCUCUUCUUCGGUGCCAUGAACACAUGGCAGGUGAACUCCGGGAUCUCCCAGCUCUGUCGACGGAAGACAGAGACCGUCAUCGAGGUCCCGUACCGGACAUUCGGCGAUGACUCCGUCCCUAAACCCGAGGACAUCGCCGUAGCUAGCUCCUCCAUCGAAAUGCCGCCCUCAUACAGUGAGGUAUGCAGCAGCAACUCGUUCUUGCCAGUCAGCCUUCCACCAUCGGCUGACACCCAUAACGAAACAGCGCCAUCUGUUGUUAUCACCAUGAACAAUGAACUGCUCGUCAUUGAUGCGCAGAUGUUAGCUCAGGACGUCACCCAAAUAGAAGCUGCCCCUAAACCAGAAACAACCUCAGACACUGCAGCGUUAAUAUGAACACAGCACUAAACAACAUGUAAUGAAAGAGACAAUGGAAUUGUCCCUAGCAAUUAAUUUAUAAAGUUUGUUUAACUUUAUUAAUAAAGAGAUGUUAAAUGAGUGCGUUGGGGAUAAAGAAUAAUGGUUACCCAUACACUGACGAGUAAUAAGCAUUGUACACUUAAAGGCAGUUGACACUAUCGGUAAUCACUCAAAAUUAAUUGUUAGCAUAAAAACUUACU